AUGCGACCCUCCGCCCCGCUGUCAACGAGCCUGCCCCCACUCGUAAUGGGCACAGCAACCUUCAACUCACAGUACAACGCAGACCCAUACGCCCUACCAACAACAGAACUCGUCCAACGAGCACUAUCACGCGGAAUACGCGCAUUCGACACAUCUCCAUAUUACGGCCCAGCCGAAGAACUCCUCGGCCGCGCCCUCGCGACCGAUUUCGUCCAAUCCAACUUCCCGCGCUCUUCGUACCACCUCCUCACCAAAGUCGGCCGCAUUUCAUCGGGCUGUUUCGACUAUUCAGCCACAUGGGUCAAUUACAGCGUUCGCCGCAGCUUACGCCGUCUACACACAGAGUAUCUGGAUGUGGUGUACUGCCACGAUGUGGAGUUUGUCUCGCCCGCUGAAGUCCUCGCUGCUGUGCGGGAACUACGCCGUCUACGGGACGAGGAUGGACUUGUGCAAUAUGUCGGUAUAUCGGGGUACCCCGUUGAUGUACUAAGUGACCUGGCAGAAUUGGUCUUGCGGGAGACGGGCGAGCCCUUGGAUAUCGUUAUGUCGUACGCGAAUUAUACGUUGCAGAAUACGCGUCUUCACUCAAUUGCUCUUCCGCGACUUCUUGCUGCUGGUGUAGAUGUUGUGCCUAAUGCAUCGCCGCUGGGUAUGGGGUUGUUGCGUAGGGACGGUGUACCCAUCGGAUCUAUGGGCGAUUUCCACCCCGCGCCGAACGAUCUGCGAACUGCUGUUCAACUUGCGUCGCAGUGUGCCACGAGCCAUGGUGAGAAAUUAGAGGUUGUGGCUAUUCGGUUCGCGCUGGAAUCGUGGAUGCGAGUCGGUGCGAAGGUUGGAGCUCUUGGUGCACCGCUUGCUCGGCCUCUUGAUGCCGCUCCUGGAUUCUUGUCUGUUGCCAAUGUUGGCACCGGAACUAGACUGGGUGUUAGUGUCAUGGGCGUGAGUAAUAUCGAAGAGCUGGACGAGACUUGGCGCGUGUGGCAUAGUAUUCUGGACGGGUUAGAGAACUACAACGACGACGAGUCGGAGCUUGAUGGAGUUUCAUCGGCUGAUAAUGAUCUGCCUUCUGGUGUCGUUUCUACUGCAUCGCAUGCCUCGAAAAUUAUCACUCCGUCUGAGGGACUCAUUACUGAUAGAGCUUGGUCUGUUGAGCGCAGUGCCAAUAUCAUGCUCUUGGCUACUCAGAUUAGGGAGCGUAUUGGUGAUUGGGUUGAUUACGUAUGGGCCAGUCCGCCGGCAGACUUUAAAAACUCAUUGUCUGACGAGCAUGUUGCUACUUUGAGAAGACUUGAAGCUGAAAUGGAGACUCGACCGUCCCUUGAAUUUUCGGUCCAGGAUGCGAUGCUCACCCCUCCACUGGAUAUAGAGAAUCAUCUUUCAUAG